ACAGACGCGGAUUAGGGAUCGACUGUUCGUUCGCUCACUGGAUUAUUAAACUUCACAUUUGAAAAUCCUCAGAAUUCCAGGGAAUUGUCGAAUUCUGCGAGGAAUACUUGUAAAUAGCCGCCGUUCGCACGACAGACGGAAUCCCAAUGGCAUCCAAUAAUAUGUACAGAGUCGGGGAUUUCGUCUAUUUUGAAUCAUCAGCGACUGCCCCAUAUCAAAUCCGUCGAAUAGAUGAACUGAACAAGACUCCUACUGGCGCUGUUGAAGCCAAAGUUGCGUGUUACUACCGCAGACGUGACGUAUCCAAUGCAUUGAUCAACCAAGCCGAAAAAUAUUAUGGAAGUGAUGAUGAUUAUGAUGAUGAAUGCUCAAAUGAAACAACUCAGUCAAAUGUAAUCUCAAAAGAGACUUCCAAACGCUCCACCAUUGGGAUCACUGAAUUACAAAAACAUCAACUCAAACAUCGAGAAUUAUUUCUUUCACGGCAAAUUGAAUGUCUACCGGCUACUCAUAUUAGGGGCAAAUGCUCUGUUACACUACAUAAUGAUGCAGAACCACUAACAAACUAUCUGGCUAGAGAUGAGGCUUUUUACUACAAACUUAUAUAUGAUCCUAAUUUGAAAACUCUACAAGAAGAUCGAGGUUCAAUGAGAAUCGGAUCAGAUCAUCAGUCUGAGAUUCAGUGCUUACUGAAAUCAAAAUCAGAAGAUACCCGAUUAGCUGAAAUUCAUGAAGAAUUGGUAUGGUCGCCUUCACAUUCAUUAACUGAUCAAGAAAUCGAUAUGUUUUGUGUGUUAGCUAGAGCUGUGGGUACAUAUGGUCGUGCUCAUGACACUUCAUCAUCAGCUAGACAACCUCUUUUGUUAAGUGCAGCAGCUGCAGCUGGACGAGAUAUUACUCGACAACAUGCUCAUGAUAUUCUACAUGAAGCAAAUUAUGAUUUAAAUAAAGCAAUAAAUCUUCUAUUGCCUGGUGGUCAACCUGUUAUAUAUCGGGAUCAGUUGGAAGAUUGGUCUGCGAAUGAAGCGCAUAUAUUUGAAGAAGCAUUGGAUAAAUAUUCCAAGGUUUUCACAGAUAUACUGUCUGAUUGUUUACCAUGGAAAACGCAUAAAUCAAUUGUUGAACUUUAUUACUUUUGGAAAACCACUGAUCGUUAUGUUAGACAACGUCGAACUAAACUAGCUGCUCAGGAACAUAAAUUAAAACAGGUUUACAUUCCUAAUUAUAGUAAACCUAAUCCAGCUGUUUUGUAUCAUGGUACAGAUAAAGUUAGUCGACCAUGUGAAGGAUGCGGAUUUCUGAACUCCACACAGUGGUAUGCAUGGGGUUCAAACAGUAAUUCUCGUUUAUGCUCUGGUUGUUGGUCAUACUGGAAACGUUAUGGAGGUUUAAAAAAUAUCGAUUCUAAAGAACGUCCAACUACAACUCUACGUGUUCAACAUAUCAACAAUAAUCCAGUCAUGGAAACUGAUUCAAGAUCUGGUGGUCCUAUUAAUAUAACUGGAUCAGUGAAUCAUCAGUUUAAAUCUCAUUCUAUCGGACUACCAAUUGGAAUGAAUGAUACUCCAGAUAGUGACAUUGGCAUCAGUUCAGCUGAUCACAAUAUAUCUGGCACUAUGUUAAACAAUGGUAACGUUACCACUGGUAAUAGUGGUAAAUCAGUUGAUGGAUCAGGAUUCUUCAGUACACUGGUUGGAACCCCAAGAGGAACACAGUGUUUUAGAACUCCUUUAAUUAUACGCUUAGCACGAAUACUUUGCCCUGAUCUUGUUCAACCUCAACGCUUAGCCAGACAUCCUGGUGGCAUACCUGAAAUAUUCUCAUCUAAACAACAACAACUACUACUACUGUCACAGGAUGAAAAUGAAUGCACAGAACCAAACGUCACUGGAAUAGAUAAUUUGUCGGAGCGAAAUAUGUUGUUGAUGUAUACAGCACUGAAGACUGCCGCUCAACCGAUAAUAGCACAACUACCUGAUCCAUCCCUUUUGUUGACUCGUUCAAGGAAAACUUUACGCUUAAACGAUGUGGUCGACGCAAUGGCUUCACGUAAAGGUAUUAUAUUACAAACAUUAGAUCUAUCCUUGACUCUGAAUUUCCCACUCCCUAAUGGUCCUGUUCAUAGUCGUAAACGUCCCCAUUCUCCUGCUCCAAUCAAUUCACCAUUCCCCAAGAAAUCAGAUCAAACAGACGAUAAAGUAAAUGGAAAUAAUACCUCAUUCGUUUUGUCAGACAACUUAAUGAAUGAGAAAUGUUUACCUAAUGGAAGUACUACACCUGUUACGGAUAAUACUCCAUUUACUUUGAAAUCGGAUUGUCCGACUACAGCCACCUCUACUAUUGUUACAGACAAAUCUAAAAAGUCAACCGAACCAAGUUUAACCAAUCAAAAUUCAAUUUUAACAAGUAAUGGAAUCUCUGGGGAUGAUGAAAAACAAAUCAUAUCAAAUUGUGAAUCGGAACUUAUACAGGUCAUUUAUAUUUCAAUGGUUUUUCUCUUUUGGGAUAGUCUUAUUUUUGAAAUUUUCACUUUCUUAUCAUAAUGUACUAUGCCUUUGACCUAAAUCUAAGUAGUUUUCCUUGGGUAUAUUGUUUUAGAGUAGUGAUACUAGUUGGCUAUCGGGUAUAAGAUGCUAGAAUAAGUGUUUAAGUUAUGAGAGUGAUCAAUGCACAAAACUUAGUCAAUGAAGAGAUGAUACCUAUUUCCUACAUCUUGCCCAUAUAUCUUGUCAAGAUUUACAAGUUAAAAACUAAGAGGAUCUGAUGAAAUGACGUUGUUGAUGAUACAUCAUAGAAUGGUUAUCUAGUUAUUCCUAUGUUAAGUUGUCUAGUUACCUUUGAAUGAGUACUACCAGUUGACAUUUGAAUUUAUACCUAUCAUGUCUUCGGUAUCAUCAUCAAACUAAUCAUUGAGUGGUUUCUUGUGGAAUUGUGACUCAUUAACUUAAAGAGUUGACUUUCAACUAGUGAAUCAUAGUUUCGAACACCGCUCCCCAGCUUUCAAGGUUUUAGCAGCCAGGUAGUAUCGUCAGCCCUCAUACAAUUGGUUUAGUUUAUUGCUUAUUGCACGAACGUGCAUAAGGUUAUUGAGUGGAUGUCAUUCAUUCAUUCUUGACUCAGUUUCUUUUUUCUGCUAAUUAGGUGUAGAUAUACUCAGGUAAACCGAAGCACAAUUACAGUUUUCGACAAGUACAUCAUUGAUUUCAGUUUAUUUAUGAGCACUAUAGCUUGAUAACAUGAGGAUUAAAAUCACCAAUCUAUUGUUGGAUUUUGUAUUAUCCGAGAAAAUGUUGUUGUUUACAUACCAUUACAUUUAAUAUCUGUUCCACCUAUCUCGGUUUAUGUGACCAGGUAGUAUUGUAAACCCUCACAUAACACUGGAUAGUGGCCGCUAGUGAAAUCCAGGAUGCACGUUUCGUCAUAUUCUCGACCCGUCAGGUGUAUGCACCUCCUUCCUAGUGAGUAUUGUUUUCCCACUAUGUUUCGAAUCUGAGAGCGAUCAAAAGAACCUAUAUGCCGAUAGAGAGUGGUUAAUUCAGUCCAUUUAAAUUGUACUAUACAUCUAAUUAUGUUAUAUAAUGAGUAAACUUCUCAUUGAAGUCUAUGAGAUGAACUAUGAUUAACAAAUAUUCCAUGAGUUCAUCAUUUUACCUGUAAAUAUAUUUUGAGAAACUUUUUUUUAUGGUUUUUAAAAGGGUUUAGUUUUCUUGAAGGAGUAUACUUUACUCUUUAAGAAAUAAUUUGGAAUAACAUAGUAACUUUUCCUACAAAUAGAAUUUAUAUUCUGAAAAAUUGAUCUUUAACUUUACUUUCUCUUUUCUAGUAAACCGGAUGAAUCCAUGGGAUUUCUCUCAAUCACAUUUAAUAGUAAUUAACAAUUCUGUUAAAUCUGUUUCUCUUCCCUCUUUUCCCCCUUACCGCUUCUCAUUAUGCUGCAUGGCGUUAGCGAUACACUAUGCGUUUGUUUUUGUUAUCAGUGUUACUAUAAUAAUCAGUUUAUAAAAUAAAUAAAAAAAAUUAAAAAAAAAACAAAUCUCCCUAUUUUUCCUAUGCCUUUUGUCUUCUCAUUUGUAUUUGAGGAUCUUGAUAGUCUUAAUUUUAUGGACUAAGGUUCCGUUAAUUUUUGUGUUAUAUAUUAUAUACUACGUUCACCAUUUCAUAAUUUCACUUCCCUGAACUGUUUUUGUAUUGAUGAAAAAAAAUAUUCGUGCACUUUGCUGUACCCAUGACUCUAUUCCAAAUGCUUUUUGUGCGCAAGUGAAAAACCUAUUAGUAUUAAUUGAAUAUGCAUGUCUUCGUCUUUUUUGUGCGUGAGAAUUGCGAUACCGAAGAGUUUUAUUCGUAGGUUUUUUCCACUAUUCGUUUAUUUAUCUCAGACAAACUAUACUACUUGUUAAUAUUUUCAGUAGUGUGAAGUGAACCCGGCUUAAUUAAACGAAAAUAUUCCAACUUUUUGACGCUUAGUGUUGAUGAUUCAUUAAAUUUGUAAACAAACGCUGUACUAUGAACGAUUGUAGUAGUUUUAUCUGUUUUUUCCAGUUCUAAAUCAAUAUUUUCACUUUUUCACUGUAUCUAAGCAUUUCACUUACGCACAUGCACUUCCCUUGCACUGUAUUCCGUUUUUCAAAUACAGGCUCAUUCU